UUCCAGUGUUUCCACUGUUCUACCAGUUUUUCUGAUUUGAUCUUGCUGGUUGUGCUGAAAAGGUCUCCAUUUACCUUAUUUCGGACCCUCAACAUUUUGCUCCAAAAGCUAAAUCUCGGGCUAGUCCCGCCAAACCAACCCAACCCCGUUAUAAAUCACUACACAUUACUCAUAUUAUUCUGCUCUCCAUAUUUUGCUUCCAUACCUACCUACUUACAUACCUAUCUACCUACGCAACACAAUUCACAAAGAGAAUCCUAGAGGAUACUGCUAUUCAGUCGGAUUACUACGAUAUUGGACGAUUACGAAACGAUUACGAAGAUUACUACUAAAGAAAGAGCGCGCACCAAGUCUUCUUGGAAAUAAAGAAGGGAGAAGAAAUCAAAUUAAAUUGAAAGAAAGUGAAGUGAAGAAAAGGAAAGGAAGCGAAGUGAAGAGAGAGAAAUUACUCAAGAAUAAUAAUGAGUUCUGGUAAAUUCCCCCUCCAUGAUUCUUCCAGCACCUUAUAUCCUCUCACCAUGUCGGAAAUCUACACAGAGAGAGGCGUCUCAUGAAUAUCACGACGUACAUACUAACAAUCACCAGAAACUCCCUUCGAUUAUGCCUUGAGCUCCAACGCCGCAUGGGCAGGCUACAAAAGCCAUCAAAACCCCAAGUUCUUCCCUACCAUGGCCCAAGGUCAAAGUCCUAGUAUCCGUAAGUCCACCUCAGCAUCUUCUCGCGAAGUCCACUCUCCACGCACCCCCUAACAAACAACAAACCUAACAUCUCCACAGUCUGGCUCGGCUGCUCCGAUUCCCGUGUCCCCGAAACUACCGUUCUAGGUCUCCAACCUGGCGAUGUCUUCGUGCACCGUAACAUCGCCAAUAUCGUCUCGCCUACCGAUAUCAAUUCCUCCGCCGUCAUCGAAUACGCCGUUGCGCACUUAAAAGUAGCGCAUAUCGUUUUAUGCGGUCAUACUUGCUGCGGUGGUGCAGCUGCUGCUCUAGGAGGUUCAAGGGUUGGUGGAGUUUUGGAUACUUGGCUUGCACCCAUCAAGGCAUUGAGCAAAAUCCACGAAAAAGAAUUAAAAGCAAUCAAAGAAGAUUCGGGACGAGCGGUUCGUCUGGCGGAGCUGAAUGUUGCGAAAGGAGUAGAGGUACUGAUGGGGAAUGUUGUUGUGGAAGAGGCGAUUCGGGAUAGAGGAUUAAAGAUUCAUGGUGUAGUGUACGAUAUCGCAUGUGGAAAGAUCCGGGAUUUAGGUGUAGGAAACUGUAAUGAGGAGGAGGAGGAAGAAGAAGAGGAAGUUGCAGGUACAGAUGGAGUUGCGGAGUCCAAGGGAGCAAAGGAGUUGGUUAAAGGUGCGCAUGGUAUGCUAGUUUUUGGAAAGGAGGGCGCGAAGCUUAGUACUGCGUAAUUCGAUCACCCCUCUCUCUAUUUGAGGGUUCUACUCUACCAUACGUACGUACGCACGCAUACAUGGGUGUGGUCUUGGAUACACGUAAAUGUUAUAUAC